CUGCCAUGGCUGCCUUCUAUACCACUCUUCUGUGCUUGAUUCUACUGCGAAUAUGGGUCACUGCUGCCCAGAAAGAACAGUGGAAAACUGCAACUGCAACCUAUACCAUGGAUUUAGAUAGUUCUAUUGUUGAUGAGGGCGCUUGUGGGUAUGGGGACCUUCACAAAAAACUCACCUAUGGGAAGUACAGUGCAGGUCUAAGCAGCUUUUUGUUCAACAGAGGUAGUACCUGUGGAGCUUGCUAUGAGUUAAGAUGUGUUGAUCACAUCUUGUGGUGCCUGCAAGGAAGCCCAUCUAUUAUUCUCACAGCUACAGAUUUCUGUCCUCCAAACAAUGGGCUUUCAGCUGACUAUGGUGGCUGGUGCAAUUUCCCCAAGAAACAUUUUGAGAUGUCAGAGGCAGCAUUUGCUGAAAUUGCAGAGCGAAAAGCAGAUAUUGUCCCAGUUCAGUAUAGGAGGGUGAAAUGUGAUAGAAGAGGUGGAGUGAGAUUCACUAUGAGUGGGAACUCUCACUUCUACCAAGUCUUAAUCACUAAUGUUGGUAUGGAUGGAGAAGUGGUCGCUGUAAAAGUGAAGGGAUCAAGAACAGGGUGGAUACCAAUGGCAAGAAAUUGGGGGCAAAACUGGCAAAGCAAUAUCAACCUCAAAGGGCAACCUAUAUCUUUCGAGGUGACUGCUAGCAGUGGAAGAACACUAGCAUCUUACAAUGUUGCUCCAGCAGGCUGGCAAUUCGGUCAGACCUACGAAGGGAAGCAGUUUUAAUAUGGGAAGCUUGAACUUUUGGAUAUAAAACUAGAAUCAUUAUCACCAUCCUCAUCAUCAUCAAAAUCUCAAUUCUGAAAAAAGGAUUCCAAAGUUAAGAGCUUUCAAAUCUUAUUCAUGUGUUCAUCACAAGAAAAUUUUAGUCCAAAUCUUCAUCUAUUCCUAAAAGAUCAGGUUUUAGUCAAAAAGAAGCGAAAAGGUAGUAGUAGAAAGUUGAAAAAAUAGGAAUACGAGGUCCCAAUUUUGUCGCUUUAUAUAUAUAUUGUUUAUUAGUAAAACUAAAUAUGGAUGGAAUCAUUAAUUAAGGAAAAAGUAAUGUUGUGGGAAGAAA